AUGUCAUUAUGGUCAGAUGAUUUAAAACUAAGAAUUUCUCAAGAACAUAAAAAGUUUAGAAUUCAAAUAGUUAAAGAAUUGAUUAAGGAAGCAACUCAAAACCCAUUAAAAAGAAAUACUCGUAAUGGAGAAAAUGGAGAGACAUCUGAAAAGAAAAAUGACAAUAAAAGAUUUCGUGUUUCUGACAUUUUUGAAUUACCAGCAACUAGAUUAAUUGAUAACAACAACAAUAUAAAAUCGGUGGAGUUGGAAGAGUUAGAGCUUAAUAAUGAGAUAGUUAUUGGAGAAAAUGAAAUUUCAGAUUUUUAUCCGUUAAAUGAUGUAGAAUCAACUAUCAAUGAGGCAGAACCCAGUAGUGAGUCUCUCGUACAAAAAUAUCCAAAUGUAGAUAGCCCGAAAGAUAAUUGGCUUUUACCUUCAGGAAGAUUGAUAAGAAAUAUAAUUUAUGGGCCAAAGAAUUUUCACAAAUCGCAUCCAUCACAUUUUGGAAUAAUACGUAUUGGUGUCAAUGUUCGUAAGCCCGAAUGGAUAGAGGAUGAAGAUUGGAUCUAUUUGAAUUCAACUGUUGAAUUCCCACGCUUUAAAUUAUCUUCUAACACAGAAGAAUUACUAAUUUUACUUUUAAAGACCGACUCUUUAACCGAAUAUAAGAAAACCAUUCGUGAAGCAAAAUACAAAAAUGAUAUCGAUCCUGAAAUGGAAUUUAUUACGGAUGUUCUUUGGUGGUUGGUCAGUAACAUUAACACCAAUAAUUCUAAAAGUAUAACUAAAUCAUUGUUAUCACUACCAUCGCCACCAGUCUCAUCGUCAUUAUCUGACGAUGUAUAUCAACGUUUUCGAUCUAGAGAGAUGUUGAGGUGGACACAGGAGGAAACUGAUUUGUUGGAGAAAGCGGUUGUCAAACACGGGACUGAAUGGGAAUUAAUAUCAGUGGAAUAUUUCAAUUGCAAAAAAGACACUGCAGCUUUAUCACGAAAAUGGAACUACAUUAGAAAAAAUAAAUCACUGUUAUAUUACGAUCGAUGGACAGAGGAAGAAGAUAAGAAACUGAAAAUGCUUACUAAAAAGCAUGGAACAAACAAUUGGAGCAAAAUUGUGGAACAGUUUAAUAAUACACGGAAUCUACUACAAAUUAAAAGACGAUGGGAACAACUAGCAUGGAAAAAAAAAGGUAAAUGGUUACCGGAGGAACAUGCGAUGUUGACACUUUUAGUAGAACAGUAUGGGUUCAAGUGGAAUGCUUUCUCAAGAGUUCUUGGUAGACCACCCGGAACUUUACGACUAUACUAUGACUAUGCCAUAGCCAAUCCACCUUGGACGAAAGUUGAAAAUGAUCAAUUGUAUCAGGCGGUGAAGGAUCAUGGCGAGGAUUGGGAUAAUAUCAAAGAAUUGUUUCCUUAUCGAUCAAAAAAUAACCUUAAAUAUCAUUAUGACAGAUCAAUAUCGGUUAAUCCUUUAAUUAAAAAAGGAAUUUGGUCUGAAGAAGAGAUUAGGGCUCUUGAGAUUUCCUACAGUAAGCAUGGAAAGAAAUGGAGAUUGGUUUCUGCUGAUGUUGGUACAAGAUCUUCGAUCCAAUGUAGAUUACGAUUUAAGGCUUUAACACGCGAUUCAAUUUCGGCGUCUUUAUUAAAUAAUCAUACUUUUCCUUCUGCUUUAUCCACCACGACUACCGUAACCGUAACCGCUGUUGCUACUUCACCCUAUCAAUCAUCACCUACUACUACUGACAUACAUGGACAAUCAUCUUCAUCGCAACAGCAAGAAUUACCACUACAGCAAGUACAUGAAUUGUCAUCAUCACCAUUAUUAAAAAAAGAGCAAGAAGGACAAGAGAAAAUGCAUUAUCAUUCCCCUCAAAAUGAUGAUGAUCAUCAAAAUUUUCCACAAAGAGACAGAUUUCAACAGUUUAACACUACCAAUUCACAUAUUUCGUAUGAAGAAACUAGCAAUAAUACAAAUGAUGAUGAUCUAUUACAAUUUAUUAUUAAUCCUUGUUUAUUUAAUAUUGAAGAUGGCAAAAAUGAUGAUUUGAUGAAAUUUCAACAACAACAAAAUUCAUCAUCGAGUAAUUCUGUAGAUAUCUUUCAUUUAAUAGAAAAUGAUGAUUUAAAAAAUGACUUGAUUAAUUUAUCAUCGCCGUCAUCAUCACUAACACUUCAGCCACGGUCUUUGCUGUUAACAUCAAAAUUAUCUCCUUCAUCAUCAACCACAACAAUCAUAGCUAAUAAUGAUAGUUUAUCUGAACGAGCAAACCAAUUUUCAGAAAAACGACCGCUCAUAUCUACAAUAUCUUAUAAUGAUGAUGGUGUUGAUGACGAUAGUACAACAACUACAUAUCCAUAUCUUUUGAGAACAAUUCCAAAUAACUCUCAAGUAAACGACGAUAAUAAUGAUAAUUCUUCAGCUGCCGCUUCAAUAUUAUAUCGUGAGCAAACAAAAUCAAUUAAAAAAGAAACAAAUUUAACAACUCCAGUUUUAAUGGUAUCACAAACAAUUUUUGCAUCUACAAUAUCUUAUAAUGAUGAUGGUGUUGAUGACGAUAGUACAACAACUACAUAUCCAUAUCUUUUGAGAACAAUUCCAAAUAACUCUCAAGUAAACGACGAUAAUAAUGAUAAUUCUUCAGCUGCCGCUUCAAUAUUAUAUCGAGAUUUAUAUACUCCUCAAUGGGUCAGAUACUCUGGUCAUAAAAAAGAAGGUUAUUGUGAUAAUUGUGAACCAGAUAAAUGGUUACAACUGAAAAAUAGUGCUUACUGGUAUCACAAACAAUUUUUGCAUGGAAUUUCUUCAGUAUCUGGAAAAAUGUUUAUUUCUCCGGUGGAAAUACGCAAAUUUGACUCGCCUGGCAAACGUACCGAAGGUCUUUGUCAUCAAUGUAAUCAAUGGGUUACAAUUUCAACUUCUCAAGAAGAAUUAGACAAUAUGAUGAGAAAAUUAGAGAUAUUGGAAGAAAUGAAUGCACAAUUUGAAGGAGGAAAGGUUCGAUUGGAAGACAAUGAAAAUGAAUUGAUAACAGAAAAUAGUAAACUUAAAGCGUACAGUAUCAAGUUGAAGGCAGAUAAUAAGAAAUUGAAAAAAUACAAGAAAACGGUAGAUUAUAAUUAUGGAGUCUUGGACUCAAUCAAUUCACAACUUAUGAGGGACAAUGCAAAAUUAGAGAGACAAUGUAGUAUAUACGAAUGUUUGAUAGAGAGCCUUGAAGGGACGAAUCAUGAUCAAAACUUUGAAAUUAAAGAAUUGAAACAAAAUUUACACAAUCAAAUCAACAAUAAUGUUUAUAGUAACAAUGCUAAUUUAAAAAUCAAUAAUGAAUUGUCAUUGGUAAAAUCUGAGAAAUUAGAAAUGUUGGAGAAAUUAGACAGGUUUGAGAAAUCGUUAGUGGAGCAAAGUGAAAUAGGAAAAGAUCAAGAUAUACAAAUUAAAAAAUUGAAUUUUCUAUUGAAUAAAGAAAGAGACAACAAUAAAAUAAAUGUUAAAAAGGUUAAUAAAUACUUGAAUAUUAUUCAGGAUUUGAAUAAAGAUAAAGAAGAUUUGAAAAAUCUCAGAGAAAUAGAACAGCUUGAACAAUUCAAGCAAACCAUAAAGUGCAAAGUUGAUUGA